GUGGGGCCUGCUGGUAGGUGGUGGGACCUCCACCCACACGUGUCCCAGCCAGUCAGGUUCGGGCUCGGAAGAGUUGCAGAUCAACAACGAACAAACAUGAAGGUUUUAUUGUCCCCCGAGUCUCACAGGCAGAGGUCCAGGAGGAAGGUGUCCAAACCAGUGAUGGAGAAGCGCAGGCGGGAGCGCAUCAACUCCAGUCUGGAGACUCUGAGGCUUCUGAUGCUGGAAAAUACCCAGAACGAGAAACUGAAGAACCCGAAGGUGGAGAGGGCGGAGAUUCUGGAGAGUGUGGUGGACUUCUUGAAGACGGAGAGGGGUCGCCGGGACGUGGCGAGGGAGGUCCCGUCCGGCGAGCAGAGGGGCCCUCGCGACCCUCAGCACAGCUACCGGGACGGGAUCAGGUCCUGCCUGCUGAGGGUCAGCCACUUCCUCACCACCAAGACCCAGGAGCUGGAGGGGAGCCCGGCACCAGUCCAGGGGUCUCCGCUGCCCCUUCGUCCUCCCGCUGUUCCCCCUCAGCUUCACGUCUCGCAGCUGUCCUCCUCCUCCUCCUCCUCCUCCUCCUCCUCCUCAUCAUCAUCUUCAUCAUCACCGAGGGUCUCUGCGCACAGCACGGAUCCACUGUGGAGACCCUGGCCCAUGUGAGGAGCCCCUUUGGGACACAUUUAAUCCCUCGAGGCGUCUGUUGAUGCCUGUUUUGCACAGCCUGCAUGAACAAUUUUGCACAGUGAUGAAUUUUGUUUCUUUUACGGACGUUAGAAAUAAUUUGUUUUGCUUUUGUGUUAAAAAAAAGGUGAUUUGUUCUUUUGGGUCAUGCGUAAAGUUGAUGCGUUGUUUUGCUCUGGUAUUAACAUGAGAACAAAAAGGCUGCUCUGUUCCUGUUUUCAAUAAAAGCUGAAUAAAAAUG